UGCCUUCAGGGCACGAGAGUCGACGUAUUGCGAAGUAUUGAUGAGUGGACACGUUCGACGAGCCCACGUGAACAGCUUUACUGGAUUCAUGGCGUUGCCGGGUGCGGGAAGAGCUCUGUUGCAGCAUCUGUCGCAUCUGAGUUGGAUUCGCGAAAGGCUCUGUCCGGAUCAUUCUUCUGCAGCAGGGAUAUUCCGGAGCGCAGGAGUGCCGCCAGAGUUGUUCAUGGUUUGCUGCAUUUCCCAGCCAGAGCCAACCCACCUUUCAAGGAUUUCAUACUUCGGCUACUGAAAGAUGAUCCCGACUUCGCGGAGAAACCAUUCUCGACCCAGAUCAAAGUGUUGCUUUCGUAUUCCUACAAAGGAAAUCCGGAUCGCACUCAAUCUCAGCCUGUUAUCCUCGUCUUUGACGCCUUGGAUGAGUGUGUUCAGAAUGAAGAAGUGGCUUCAUUCGUUGCAGGGAUAGUGAAGCUGCUACCUUCAUUCAAAAUCAUCGUGAUCAGCAGGCCUCUUCCGCAGAUUCGAGAA